AUGGAAUCCCUUCUUGAAACCCCAAGGACUGGUGCUGGCGUUUCUAAAAACGCAACACAAGCCCUAGAACAGACAACUUGUGAUGCCAACCACGCUGGUAGCACCAACUUUGAAAGCCUGCUACCCGAGCUCCAGUUCCAGAUCCUUUGCCUCUUAGAUCUGCAUCAGCUACGGGCUGUAAUUCACGCCUCACCGAGCUUUCACCGCCAAUACCGGCACGACCGGAAAUACAUCCUCCGCAAGAGCCUCGAGCAAACAUUGGGCAGUGUCAUCGUUGACGCCUACGCCGUUCUUUUACUCGCAACCCAGAGUCCCAAGCCUGGUCGGCUCGAUUUCUUACAGUGGUAUUCCAAAGUGACCAAGGCACGACGUCUACCUCAUUCAGAUGACAUCACCGAAGCCGCAGCAAUAGAUAUGGCCAUCUUCUUCUUUCGCCUGGCAGACCCUGUUGCAGAGUAUUAUGCUUAUGAAACAUUAUCUUGCCUGUCGAGAAACCUCGAGAAGCACUCUUUUCAUCGUAAAUCAGGACAUGUCCUCAGCAGCUCCGAGACUAUGCGGUUCAGAAGGGCUAUAUAUCGAUUCCAGCUCUUGUCCUUGCUCGUCGAUCUUUCUGACACGAGUAUUGAGCUACUUCGUACACAGAUUGCUCAAGACUUUAUCAAUAUGCUUGAGCCGUGGGAGACCGAGGAGGCUUUUGCCUUUUACCAAUAUCUACAGUCCACCUACCACAAAGUCUUUGCAGACAUAUCUUGGGAUCUAAACCCGAAAAACCCCAAGUCUAACGGAAGAGGCCAGAGGUUUAUUUCUAGGGGCUCCUAUGAGCUUGAUCAGGGUUGGCUGCGGUGUGACUAUGUAGAGGGGACAGCAUUGGCUGGUCUUUCUCCCCUCGAAGUAAUCUUUUUCCACCGUGUGGACCGCGAACUUGUUGUCUCCACCAUGGAGCGGCAUAUGAGGAAAAGCCAUAUCUCUCUCGGCAUGGUUGCGGGGAUCUUUGGACACCUUAAGCAGGCCAAAUGGCGACUGAGUCACCCGUCUGAGCGAGAUCGAAUGCGACAGGAGAAAACCCCGUUCCCCUUUCGUGGAGACGGAGAGCCGGAUGCACCUCCACUUGGCUGGACGAUUAUAUGGGGAGGUGUGUACUGCAACCUUUACGGGUGGCAUAUCCCGCAGGAAAUCCGGCGCUGGGGGUUUGUCUUUUGGGACGCGAUAAGGAUGGAGGAAACUAGAGCUGUUGAGAUGUUGAGAGUGCAGUGGGAGGAGGAUGCCCGCUAG